AUGACCGGCAGUGAUGAGGGCCAGCUGGGGUGGCAUGAGGAGACAGGGCUAUUGAUGGCCCUUGCUUCGGGAGCUAGAACGGUUAUUACAGAGCACAUUGCUCAUAAAACUGGCAAUAUUGCACCAUGCCCUAAUGUUACUGGUGUCAUUAGAGAAAGUAUGAUGAAUAUAUUGAAAGAAAGCAAGACAAAGAAAAUAGACAAAAAGAGGAGAAAAGAUGAAUUCUUAUCUCAAUUAAGAGAAGAUGAGGAUGAACACGAGGCUAUAAGAAGUGAAGAAUUCAGACGAAGUACUGGUGGUUGGAAUAACAUUUAUGAAGAAGGGCGAUCUUCUCAUGGAUCAGCUAGAGAAUAUCAUAGAGAAAGAACAAGUAAAUCCAUCCCAAGUGAGUCUAAGUUUACCUUACGGGGAGCUAUACCUGAAUUGGCUAGAAGCAAAAGUUCAAAGCAACCAAAGCAAGCUCUCUAUGGUUGUAUAACCUUAAUUCAAGUGUCAAUAGAAGUUGGACAAGGUGUAAAGCUCCCAACACCUUAUGAGAUUUCAGAUGUGUAUUUAGAGUCAGAGUAUCAACGAGUUCGUGAUUGGGUAAAUGGACUAAAGACUCAUUGGAAAGAAUUGGGUGCAACUCUAAUGUGUGAUGGUUGGACCAACAGUUUGAAUCAAAUGCACAUCAUUAAUUUCCUUGUUUAUUGUAGUAAAGGAACCAUUUUUUGGAAAUCAGUAGAUGCCUCAAGUGUUCGUAGUAGAGAUGCUGAAUUCUACUACAGUUUGCUAGAUUCAGUUGUAGAAGAAAUUGGAGAAAAUUACAUUAUCCAAAUAGUGACUGAUAAUGAGGCAGCAAUGAAAGCUGCGGGAAAAAAAAUAAUGUUGAAAAGAAAACAUCUAUAUUGGACCUCAUGUGCAGCUCACUGUUUAGAUUUAUGCCUUGAAGAUAUUGGGAAGAAGACCAGUGUAGCAAAAGUGUUAGAUGAGGCAAAGAAAGUGACUUGCUUUAUAUACAAUCACAUUUGGACUGUUGAUUUGAUGAAGAAGUAUACACAAGGGAAACAAAUACUUCGACCCGCUCUUACUCGAUUUGCAACUCAUUUCAUUCAACUUGAAGAGAUAACAAGACAAAAGCAAGGUCUGAGAGAAAUGUUUAAUUCAAAGGAAUUUAAAGAAUCAAAAUGGGGACAGCAAAAGUCAGGGCCCGCUUAUGAAGCCAAAAAAAUUGUUUUGGGAAAAGAUUUUUGGAAAAAAGCCAACGAUCUCAUAAAAGUUUACGAGCCCCUAGUAAAAGUAUUGAGACUUGUGGAUAGCGAUGAAAAACCAACAAUGGGUUUUAUUUAUGAGGCUGUUGAUAGAGCUAAACGAGCAAUUCAACAAGAUUGUCGAUAUUUCACCGAUUGUUACUAUUUAGAGAUAAACAUGAGACAUUCGGUACUCUACAAGCACAAAGAGCUUGGAAGCAAAUGA